UUAUUCCAGCCAGGCACAAAAGAGCGGCGGGGGAAAGGGGAAAAAAAGAAGACAAAUCCAAAAUUGAGCAGAGAUGGAUGCGGCAGAUGAAUGUACGACCUCUGUCUUCAGAAAGGAUUCUUAUCUUUAGAUGCUGCUGUGUCGAUGAAGGCAAGCAGGCAGGGAAGCCCGGAGCUCCUCCGUACAGACAAAGAUGCUUUCUCUCCUCCGCCGCACCAAGAGCAGCAGCAGCAGCGGCAGCAGCAGCAGAGCCGUCAUUCCCCCGACACUUGAUGGUAAUAGUUUGUUUCCCUCUCUUGCAUGUGCGGGCAUGUUCAAGGCAGAUGAGUGACCACAGGGCUACAGCUGGACCUCAUUGAAGCGUAAUGUGUUGAAUGAGCUGCAUUCACCAGCAAGCCAAAUGCAAGAAUACCAGAGAGAGAAAAAAAAGAAGAAGAAAGCAUCAGUGAAAAAUCGAAUGCUUAUGAAAGGGAUGCAGUGCAACAUGAUGUUUAGGACAUGGAGAUUCAGAGCCCUGAGGUGCUGCUUUCUUUGCCGCCAUGUCUAAACCCUUGUCUGACCAUGAUAGAAGGAAACAGAUUUCAGUGCGAGGCCUCGCCGGCAUUGAAAACGUUGCAGAACUGAAGCAAAAUUUCAACAGACAUCUCCACUUUACGCUGGUCAAAGACAGAAAUGUGGCGACCAGAAGGGAUUACUACUUUGCUCUUGCCCACACUGUGCGGGACCACUUGAUUGGCAGGUGGAUCAGAACCCAGCAGCACUACUAUGAGAAAGACCCCAAACGUGUGUACUACAUCUCCCUUGAGUUCUACAUGGGCCGCACCCUCCAAAACACCAUGGUGAACCUCGCUCUGGAGAACGCCUGUGAUGAGGCCACGUACCAGUUGGGUCUUGACAUGGAGGAACUGGAGGACAUGGAGGAAGAUGCUGGUUUGGGAAAUGGUGGCCUGGGUCGCCUUGCCGCCUGUUUCCUGGACUCCAUGGCUUCACUGGGUCUGGCUGCCUAUGGUUACGGUAUUCGCUAUGAAUUUGGUAUCUUCAAUCAGAAAAUUGUCAAUGGCUGGCAGGUUGAGGAGGCUGACGAUUGGCUGCGCUAUGGCAACCCCUGGGAGAAGGCGCGUCCUGAGUACAUGCGUCCAGUGCACUUCUAUGGCAAGACCGAGCAUCACCCCGAUGGCGUCAAAUGGGUAGACACUCAGGUCGUGCUGGCUCUGCCAUAUGACACCCCUGUCCCUGGCUACAGAAACAACAUUGUCAACACCAUGAGGCUGUGGUCUGCGAAGGCACCCUGCGAGUUUAACCUUAAAGACUUCAAUGUUGGUGGCUACAUUCAGGCGGUUUUGGACAGAAACUUGGCUGAGAACAUCUCCCGUGUGCUGUAUCCUAACGACAAUUUCUUUGAAGGAAAGGAGCUCCGUCUGAAACAGGAAUACUUUGUGGUAUCUGCCACCCUGCAAGACAUCAUCCGUCGUUUCAAGGUCUCUAAGUUUGGCUCCAGGGAGAUUGCUCGCACAGACUUCAGCAAACUGCCUGACAAGGUUGCCAUCCAGCUGAAUGACACUCACCCAGCCAUGGCAAUUCCUGAGCUGAUGAGGGUUCUGGUUGAUGAAGAGAAACUUGGCUGGGAAAAGGCCUGGGACAUCUGUGUGCGCACCUGUGCCUACACCAAUCACACCGUCCUGCCUGAAGCUCUGGAGCGCUGGCCGGUCGACCUCUUUGCUUAUCUGCUGCCUCGUCACCUAGAAAUUAUCUAUGAGAUCAACCGUCGCCACCUGGAGAGAGUUGCUGCUAGGUAUCCUGGUGAUAAUGGUCGUCUGUGCCGUAUGUCCCUCAUUGAGGAAGGUGGACAGAAAAGAAUCAACAUGGCCCAUUUGUGCAUUGUGGGUUCCCAUGCUGUCAACGGUGUGGCCCAGAUACACUCUGACAUCCUCAAAGCUACUGUUUUCAAGGACUUCUAUGAAAUGGAGCCACAUAAGUUCCAAAACAAGACCAACGGCAUCACUCCUCGCCGCUGGCUGGUUAUGUGCAACCCGGGGCUGGCUGAGGUCAUCGCUGAGAGAAUUGGUGAGGACUUCAUCCGUGACCUCGAUCAGCUGCAGGCUCUCCGCAAGUUUGUGAACGACGAGGCUUUCAUUCGUGAUGUUGCAAAAGUGAAGCAGGAAAACAAGUUAAAGUUUGCUGUGCACUUGGAGGAGCACUACAAGGUGAAGAUCAACCCCAACUCCAUGUUUGACAUUCAAGUCAAGAGAAUCCACGAAUACAAGAGACAGCUGCUCAACUGUCUGCACAUCAUCACCUACUACAACCGCAUCAAAAAGGAGCCUAACAAGCAGUGGACUCCAAGAACUGUCAUGAUUGGAGGAAAGGCUGCCCCUGGAUACCACACAGCCAAGAUGAUAAUCCGUCUGAUCACAGCUAUUGGCGAGGUGGUCAACAACGAUCCGGUGGUUGGAGACCGUCUCAAAGUCAUCUUUUUGGAGAACUACCGAGUCACACUGGCAGAGAGAGCCAUCCCCGCAGCGGACCUGUCAGAGCAGAUCUCCACAGCUGGCACCGAGGCCUCCGGCACCGGCAACAUGAAGUUCAUGCUGAACGGCUCUCUAACCAUCGGUACGAUGGACGGAGCUAACGUUGAGAUGGCCGAGGAGGCCGGCGAGGAAAACUUUUUCAUCUUCGGCAUGAGGGUGGAUGAUGUUGAUGCGCUAGACAAGAAAGGAUACCACGCUGAAGAGUUCUACAACCGCCUCCCUGAGCUGAAACAGGCUAUUGACCAGAUUGCUGGAGGCUUCUUUAGCCCAAAGCAGCCGGACCUGUUUAAAGAAAUCGUCAACAUGCUGAUGCAUCAUGACAGAUUCAAGGUCUUUGCUGACUAUGAAGACUAUAUUAAAUGCCAGGAGAAAGUCAAUGCUCUUUACAAGAACCCCAAGGAAUGGACCAAGAGGGUGAUCUACAACAUUGCCGGAUCUGGCAAGUUCUCCAGCGAUCGCACUAUUGCCCAGUAUGCUCGUGAGAUCUGGGGCAUGGAGCCCACGCUUGAGAAGCUCCCUGCCCCUGAUGACAAGGAAUAAACUGUCCACACAA